UUUGAUUUUCCUAGCACACAAAACGAAAAAUAAUUGAUGUACACAGUACAAUUAUUACAACUCGCUUGAAUUUCAGAAUGUUCCAGAGCUGGAAUAAAUUCGAACAAGGUCAUUUCGAACAUUUCACCUACUCAACUGCGAAAAAGCCAAUCAGUACAUCGACAUUCUUCCAUCAUGAACGAGCACUGUUGGGUUAGGAUUUUAAUGGUGGUAUUGCUUAAUAUCAGCCUAUCCAACGGUUUUGUGACAGUUGUACCCAUUAUAAAUAAAAUGGAUUGUAAAUUCAACGCACGUAUAAUCAACUUGACCUGCACCUUAAACAAGCCGAAUACCUUCAUUAACCAAACUGUUUCGAUGGAGAUGGAAAUCAUGCGCGAGGUUAAAGACGUGAAGUUGGCGGCGGCCUAUUACGUCGUGUCAGAAUCCGGUGACUCGUCUCGUCUCGUGCAGCGUACGGUCGACCUAUGCUCCUACGUCAGGCACCCAAACAGGGAUCGACUCGUUAAAGUGAUCUUUGACAGAUUGAAAGAAAAGGGUAACCAUUUUGUGACUAAGUGCCCAAUCCCGAGGAACGAAAAGUUCUACAUACGUAACCUGCGACUCACGUCCGUUCAGAUACCGGGCUUUAUCCCCGAGAGUAGCUUUAUUUUUGAAAACAUCUAUCAAAUCGGUGCACUGUUUGAGCCGGCCGUUGAAAUUCGCUACUACGGUAAGCUGGUACGCGUUAUGAACAAAGAUCUCCAAAAGCCACGUACGUAACCUUUCCGUUUGUAGAGUAGCGUAUGUACGAAAGCG